AUGGUAGAUAAUUAAGAAACAUUAAUAAUUUAGUACUUUCAUAUAUAUAGUAACAUAUAAAUUACAAGAAUUAAAUAUUAAAUUAAUGUUCCAAUCUUUACUCUAUCAAUUUAAAUUGAAGACUAAACUGAUCAAUCUUUGUAAAUAAAACAAUAAAAUUAUUAAUUGACAUAAAAUAAGAAUUUAAAUUUUUGAACAAUACUCAAUAAUAAUAUACAUUGUAUUAAAAAUAAUAAUUGAAUCAAUCGACUUAUCUAAUGAGAUUUGUUAAUUCUUUGACAUUUAAUAAUUAGCAAUUUCAAAAUAAGAUAAAUGUCUAGGUAUUCGAAUUGAAUACUACAUUUCAUUAAAUUAUCCUAAAUUUGAUAUCAAUACAACAAGAUAUUAUUGUCCUAUUUCGAGAAUUUAUGAUGUAGGAAUGUUUGAUUUAUUGAUCCAUGCCAUUUAAACAGAAAUAAGAUCUUUUCUACUCAUAUCAAUUUUGAUAGGAUGGGCAUAUUCUUAAUAUUAAUGGACUUUAUACUAAUUACCUUUAUAAUGGAUAUGGUACAAUAGAAGUCCCUAAAAAUAAUAUAAAUUCAAAUUACUAAUAUAUUGGAAUAUUUGCAGAAUCAUCAACAAUUGCAGUUUUUUUUUCAAGUUAUUUUCAAAGAACUAUUAAUGAUUGUUAAUAUUAGGUAUAGCUACCAAUGGUGAUAAUAAACAUAUAGGAUUACUUUAUGUGGUUGACACUCUUGAUGAAUUAGUUCUGAUGGAAGAACUAAUUUGGUAUAUGGAGGAGAAAAAGAUAAAUACUACAUUUUUACUAAAAAUUGAAUAAAAUUCAAAUGGAAAAGUUUUUAGCGGUCCUAAGCGUUAAUUAAAACCUAUAUAUUUGUAAUAGUAUUUACCAUAACCAAAUGAUUAACAUUAAUCCUUGUUUAUGGUAGUAAGUAUUAAUUAUUCAAUUUUAUUUAGGGCUUUUAAAAAANUAUUAGCAUUAACUCAAAAAAUAUCUUGA